GUUGAGAGCACCUACGGCAAGAUCGAGGACUGGGAUGUGUCUGCGGUGACAGACUUAAGCCAGCUCUUCAAGGAGAUGGAUGCCUUCAACGCAGAUAUCAGUGCGUGGAACACCUCAGCGGUCACCAAAAUGAGUGAGAUGUUUUACAAAGCCAAGGCCUUCAACCAGGCCAUCGGAGCAUGGGACACCUCAGCCGUCACCGACAUGAGUUCUAUGUUCUACCGUGCCUACGACUUCAACCAGGCCAUCGGGGCAUGGAACACCUCAGCCGUCACCGACAUGCGGGCUAUGUUCUACGGUGCCGACGACUUCAACCAGUCCAUCGGGGCAUGGGACACCUCAGCCGUCACCGACAUGAGUUCUAUGUUCUACCGUGCCUACGACUUCAACCAGGCCAUCGGGGCAUGGAACACCUCAGCGGUCACCGACAUGGGAUUUAUGUUUUCCUAUGCCAAGGCCUUCAACCAGGCCAUCGGAGCAUGGGACACCUCAGCCGUCACCGACAUGGGGUAUAUGUUUGACAAUGCCAAGGAGUUCUAUGUUCAGCGGAGCCGCAAGUUUCCCUCAGCCACCGUGCCGGGCGGGGAGCUUCCCUGCCGACAACGGACUCGGCUGCCAGCGCUGCCCAACCAAUCAGUUCUCCUGGGCCGGCGCGUCGCAUUGCGAGCUUUGCAGUCCGGGCGAGGUGCCUUCGCCAGAUCGGGAUGCCUGCCAGGCGUGCCCACCACAGCAGUUCGCACCUUUCAGGGCAGAGGUUUGCCAGCCAUGUGGCUUUCCAUUCAUUGCAACAGAGGAUAUGUGCAUUUGGUGGCACCUGGUGGUUUCUGCUUUGGUGCUCGCGGCACUGGUUGUGGCGCUCCGGCUUUGGGCAUCACGCAG